CGACGUAAAUGAACUACAACAACAACAAUCUUUAUCUGCUUGAAUUUCAUCUGUCUUGCAUCAUUUUCCCUCUGCUAUUUUCAUUUCACGUCUUGCUUACCAAACUCUAAGGAACUUUAUCAUGCAUUCAUUUUAUACCAAUCUUUAAAAGCUAGUCGUAUACGUCCUACAUUCUGCUUGUAGAACUAAAUCACUUUAAAAGUAGUAAAGCUGCAAAGGAGUUAAUAGUUAGGUAAUGAGUGUCGCGUGAAAUAAAUUACGAAGUUAUCUGCUUGUCUGAAGUUUGGUGCUCUUGAUAUGGUUUGACAUCUGAAUGAUGUUUUAGCUAGUAGCAAGGAAUAAUUGUUAGUUGAAGUCUGUGUGAUCGGAAAUAGGGAAGAUAUGAACAAUUUUAAAUCGCGAGCUCGAGCGCUUAGUUCGAGUACUCCCAUUCAAAAUAACGUAAAGAAAUUCGUAUCUGAUGAAGUAUCCAUGAUACACAUCGACGUUGCGUCUAGUUCUGCUGGAGAAACGGAGCCAGCUAAAAUGAAGAAAGCAACUAUUCUAGAUAUGGUCAUUGAAUCAAUAAAAGCUGUAGGUGAACCGAGAAAGGGAGCUUCAUAUCAGGCGAUAAAAAAAUGGAUAAGUGACAAUAAAGAAAUUGAUUCGAUACGUCUGAAGGUUUUAUUGAAGAUGGCUCUGAAAAAAGGUAUUGAUCAAGGAAUUUUAGGGAGGCCGUUUCGCUCAGCAACAGUUGCUGGUGCAUUAGGAUAUUUUAAGCUAGUACAGACGAAGCCUGUUAAACCUUCAAAAACGGCUGUGAAAAAAACAGCAAACAAGAUAUCUGCAAAAAAAGCUAAAUCUCCAAUUCAAGGUACAAAAGUUUCAAAAAUGCUUCAUGAAUUGCCUGCAAUUAAGAUAAAGCCCGUAAAAGCCCCUUCUAAAGCAAAAGCUGCCACUGGGAAAAAAAUUGCAAAGGAAUCUCAAAAAAAGAUUGAGAAAAAAACAGCAACUAAAGCUACAGCUACGAAGAAGCCUGCUGUGAAAAAGCCUGCUGUGAAAAAGCCUGCUGCGAAAAAGCCUGCUGGGAGGAAGCCCGCUGCGAAGAAGACAGCAGAAGCCGCUACAAAGGUUUCUUCAGAGAUUGAAGCAGAGAAACCCUCUGAAAAAGCACUUUUAAAAGCUAAAGUUCAGAAUAAACCUGAGAAAAAAGCUACAGCUACGACGAAUCCCACUACAGAGGUGCUUUCAAAACCUGCAGCUGAAAAGCCUGUAAAAAAAGUACCCGUGAAAGCUGAUGUUAAGGAGGAAACACUCGCAAAGAAAGCAACAGCUACAAAUAAACCCACUACAGAGAUGCCUUUAAAAGCUGAAGCCGAGAAGAAAAAAGUGCCUUCAAAUACCAAAGAAGGGAAAAACACCACAACUAAGGCAGCUUCAAAAGUGAAAGCUUCAAAGCUUCUUGAUGAAAGUAUUCAGGAGAAUAAUUUAAAUGAUACUAAACUAGAAAGACAGGAGCUAUCUGAUACAGAGAUAGAUAAUAGGAAGACUCAUAAGCGAAUGUUCUUCUCGUCUGAUACUGAGCUUGAAAUUUCAAAGAGAGAAGAAAAAACUAAAAAAAAACUUAAAAAGAAGUUGCCCAUUAAAGCUAAGAAAGUUGCUACAAAAAUUUAAAACAUUCACGAAUUUUUAAGAUUAUUAAUUAUUUUAAAUAUUUUGAGAUUGAAAACUGAAAUUUAAUGCUGAGAAAUUUGUUUGAUCUGAGUUUUGUAAGCAUUAAGAAUUUUAAAUUUUAUUAGAUAUUUUAUUUACAUGCUGUAUUUUAAGAACUGUAUUUGUCAAUUUCAAGAUUUAUUUAAUAAAACUUUUGCUAUUAA